UCCGACCGGCAGGGGGCAGAAACUCAGUGGAGCAUGUUGGAUCCAACGCGAGAAACGUCAAACUCGUGCGCAUGUGCACGUGAAGGUCAGCCGUCAAACUUGGGCAAAAUGCUUGGAUGUAUUCGAAUAGGCAGACUUGCCACCUCCUCGUUGACUCAGUGUCGGCGCUACGCUCACUGCAUCAGAGGAGGGACUAGUGUUAGCCAUGUGUGGCAAAGGAUCCAGUCGUCACAGACCUGCACAGGACUUUUCACAAGACCAACACCAUCAUCACAUCGUUUCCCUAGUGUUCCCCCUCUCCUCCCUUCCAACCGCCAGGCAGUUGCCCACUGCUCUGACCUGGCGUCCCGGGACUACUCCUUGAUAUACGCACUGCCCUCGAUCACACUCCUGAGGGCGCUGUCGAGACUCAAAAUCAUCCAGACUGGGAUCACCGUCCUCAUUCUUCCCCCGAUAUACUACUACUACUCCCAAGGAGCGGUGUCCCUGGAGCUGGUGGACUACAGCAGUGCCAUUGCCAUUUUGGCCGUGUCGAUGCUCUACGCCGUCAGCUACUUUGCCGGCCGAGUCGUCGGGAGGAUGUACCUGGACUCCUCAGGCACCACGGUGAAGGUGUCUCACCUGACUUUUUGGGGCGCCCGCAACGACGUCUACUUGCCCGUGACAGAUGUUGUGCCGCUGGCAGACGCCGGCGACAAACCAAACGAGUUGAUUUUAAGCUUCAAGCGGUACAGCACGUCACGGAACAUGUAUUUUUCUACCCGCUAUGGUCGCGUUGUUGAUCGGGAAGGAUUCGGGAAGGUCUUUGGCUCUCUAUCUUGAUGUGUGCUUUUUUCGGACAUUUCAUGUGGGCUGUGUGUGCGUCUAUUCCUUUUGAAUUGUUUGUAUGUACAAAAUGAUUUUGGGCCAACUCAAGUAGCUUAUUAUGCCGUAAACAAAGUGUUACUCACACACACAAUGUGGACAUUUAUGUUAACAACAUUGUUGUCUUUUAGAUGUUCUGACUUUUUUUACGUGGCUGCACUGUUUCAAUGAUUACAAAAACAGCACAAUCAUUCUUGUCAACAGAAUAGUUUUGGAUGAACAUCCAUGAACAUCCAAUAAAAAAUGUCUCUGUAUGAACUUUA